AGUAGAGGUUUCUCACGGACACCACAUCGUCCUUUUUUAUUAAUUUUAGACGAUUGUAGAUCUGAUAAGUCUUAAGAUCACCGUUCUUUCCUUAUCGUGACAGUUAUCAACUGGUGCCUGCCGACCUCUUUUUUUUUCUUCUCCUACCGACAAAAAGAAAGAAGAAUGCCUCGUCCAUCACGUGACAGUUACGGCGACCAGAAGCCGCCCUACUCCUACAUCUCCCUGACGGCGAUGGCCAUCUGGAACACCCCCGAAAGGAUGUGCACGCUGUCGGAGAUCUACAAGUUCAUCAUGGACAACUUCCCUUACUACCGCAAGAACACCCAGCGGUGGCAGAACUCCCUCCGCCACAACCUCUCCUUCAACGACUGCUUCAUCAAGAUCGCGAAAAGGCCCGACAGACCCGGCAAGGGGGCCUACUGGACCCUCCACCCCUCCGCCAUGAACAUGUUCGAGAACGGCAGCUUCCUCAGAAGACGGAAACGCUUCAAGCUCGCGAAGGACGACGGCGAGGGCGCGGAUCCCAACGCCGGCACGGGCUUGCACCAGGGGUUUCUGAGACCCGACGAGCGAACGCCUGCACUCCACAGCGACCUUCAGAACAUGAUCAUGGACUUGGGGCAUCACUUUGGGUACAGCGAAGGUCACGUCGCGCACACUCUGCCGGUCUCGAAGCCCACCCCAACGAAACGCCAGGCUUUUACCAUAGAGAACUUGGCUACCAGUGAUGCCCGGCCUACGCCUGAAGAGAUCCAAGUAGGAGUGUUGCCGUCAUCUCCUUACGUGCCCAACAUGGGGAUACCCCAUCCUCCGCCUCUCCCACACCACCCUCUUCAUCAUGCCCCCGGUGGGAUCUGUAUGUGUCCCGCUUGUUCCAGGGACCCGGCAGCGGUGCCUCAUCACAUGUAUUCUCCUUCGGCGAUCGCCGCCAUGAACUUGGCAGCAGUUGCCGCUGCUGCUGCAGCGACUCCUUCGUCGUUGUACGCCGCCGGUCUACUCCACGCCUACCGGCCGGAAGUCCUCCCGCCCCACCACAUUCCGUCAGACAUCCCGGCGGUGUAUGACGUCCUCCACCCGAUGGCGAGACUUGAGGUCUUCGAGAGACACCAUCAUCAUCAUCAGAUGCCCUUCCUGUUACCCGAGCUGCCGCAGGCGAUUCCUCCACCCCCGCCCCCGCCACCCUCUGCAGAGAAGACCGAAGGCAGCGUCUUCAGACAUUCGCCGCCCAUGAGAACGCUAUGAUUAUAAUGUAUCUCCUGUACUUAAGAGAAUUAUCUACUUCUGUGAUUGUAAAUGUUUA